AUAUACAUGUAUUGUUUGGUCUUAAAAUAAACUGAUUACAAAAUAAGUAAUCGAUACAUUCAUUAAUAAAUAAUCAUGUCGGCCGAUACAGAAGAUCAAGUUCAAUUAUUAGAAAAUCUUGAAGAAAUCAUGGAAAAGUUAACGGAGGAACUGAAAGAGCUGUACAAGUAUAGAGAUUUAUUUUUUGAAAAUCAUCCAUUAGACAUGGCAUAUAAGAAGAAUAAAUGCGUAGAAGAAAAAAAAGAACUCUUGGUUGAAAAAUUUGAAGCAAUUGAUGUGGAAACUCAAAUACCGUUUUCAUUAAGAGCUGAAUUCCUCUACAUGAAAGGUAGAUGCUAUAAUGUCAGCCCUACCUAUGAUCCAAGAGCAACCCAAUGCCUAAGCAAGGCAAUAAAGUUGAACCCACACUUGGUCGCGGCAUGGAAUGAGCUUGGUGAAUGUUAUUUGAAAAAUCUCAAUGUAAAGGAAGCUAAGGCUAGUUUUGAGGGAGCACUUAAACAUGAACGUAAUCGGCUAUCAUUAAGAUGCCUUUCUAUAAUUCUACGACAUGAAAUUGGAGACAUGAAACGGAGUGAGUCAACACCAAUAAUAUUGAAAAGCGUUGAUCUCGCAAAGGAAGCGGUUGCGCAAGAUAUCAAGGAUGGUAUAUCAUGGACAGUGCUAGGAAAUGCUUACUUAUGUCAAUUCUUCAUGGUAGCUCAAGAUCCUUCUACGUUAAAGCUGUGCAUGAGCGCUUACAAGCAGGCGUGGACGGAUCCUGUGGCUAAGGGACAGCCGGAUUUAUUUUACAAUAAGGGUGUGGCGCUGAAGUAUGAAGAGUGCUACGGGGAGGCGCUGCAGAUGUUCGAGCACGCGUGCCGCCUCGACCCCGCGUGGGUGCCGCCGCGCGUGGAGCGCUCCGCACUCGCCGCCUUCCUCGCCGCCGCCACCGCGCUCGUGCGCACGCGCGGCAAGCUCAAGGCCAAGCGCCUCGCCAACAUGAUACAGUCAAUCGAUAAGAAAACGAUGUUGGGCGAUUACGGCUCGGGCGCGUUCCACAAUUUCGGACCCCGGCGGGACGUGGUGUUGGAGCACGUGAGGAUAGAUCAGUUGCAAGAGGGCCCCAAUGAGGGGAAAGUCAUACUUGGGAGGGUCGUUGGAUCCAUACAUAACGAAAACGCUGUACCCUUCACGUUCGCGCUGAUCGACGAGAGCAUGCAGUGCGUGUGCGUCACGGUGUACAACUGGGCGGACGGGCGCGGCGCGCUCAUCGGCGACGCCGUGGCCGUGCCCGAGCCCGGCCUCGCCGCGCACCGCCACCAGCAUUUCGAGUUUAAGUCGAUCCGCGUCAACAAUCCCAUGUUCCUGUUGGUGAACGGCAAGCGCGUCGGGCGCCACCAGUUCGCGAGCACGCGCGUCACGAGCACGUACGAGAUACACUGACGGAGCGGCUCGCGGCGCUACGUGCGGUUUUAUUAGGAGCUCGGCGACGCGUGCGCUGGGCGGGCGGGACUCUUCAAUUCGUACGUCCGAUGUCGGUGUACUCGACCAAAUUGUUGGAAAAAUGUUGGACCACUUUUAUAAUUUAUGUUUAAUUUUGUAGAAAUUUCAGUUUGCUCACGAGAGCUAGACCCAACAUUGUCCAAAUAUUUUGUCAAACAUUGGGUGUGAGUUUAACGAAUGUUUGUGUGGUCAAUUAUAGUACAUACCUACGUAAUUGAUAGUAUAAAUGUUAUAUCCUAAUAUUAUUAGCGUUUGAGUUUUUUUUUAAAUAUAUUUAUAUUAAUAUUUUAUUAGCGUCCAUUCCAAUAUAUAUGAUAUAUUUAAAAUUAUAACAAAGCAGACGUACUAAAAUGCGAAAUUAUGCUCGAUAACGUUACAUGUAUGUAUAGUACAAUUUUUAAAGUAUCAAGAUUAGUCAAAAGGACUACCUAAUAACUUGUAAAUUUCUUACUGCUGUCUAUUUUAACAUUUAAAAUUUUAAUAUAAUAUGUCCGUUUGCUAAACAAAAAUUAUUUAUAUGUGCUUGUAUAGAGUCGAUUUAAUUGCCUGUGAAUUGGAUAACUUAAUUUUGUUGGUCAAUUAUUUAUUGGACCACGUACUAUGAAGACUGGUCUUAAGAAAUAUUUAAUAGGAAGAUAAGGGGGUGUGCGAGGCCUUGACAUGCACUGGGAAACCAAAAGGCUACUAGAAAUUAAAAUAUAUACAUACAUACUCAGUUGUAAAUAUGUCGUAUAUGUUAAAACUUAAUAACUUGAUUUUGAUUUAUCUUUGCUUUGACUAAUUUUUCUAAAGUAGAUGUAAUCAACGCCUUAUAAAUUGUUACUAUAAGAUAUAAUUAUAUUAUGGCUAAUAUUCAUAAAUUUUGUAAAAUUAUUAAAUAUAUAACAUUAGAAUUAAAACUGUUUUCGGGUCUCUAAUGUUUGAUAAAAAACGUAUGAAAUAUUAUCGUUUUAUAGUAAAAAAUAUUCUGGUGACAAACCUUUUACUGGGGAAACAUUUUUUUUUUAUAAAAUAUCAUUUGAAAAAAAAUCUUGCACAUCUAGUGUUGAGUCUGUCUGAAAAUAUAAUUAUUCGGUUUUUGUUUAUUUUACUCUUAAUUUAUUUAUUGUUAUUAUUUCAAAUAUACCGGGCGUGUUUUGCGCGGGUACUUAUUUAUUUACGUGCGUGCGUACGUACUUAACGUUAAAUUUCAAUUAAUCAAAUAUUUAUGCUCAAACAUAUAUAAUUAUUAAAUGAAGUGUUUAUCAAAUGAUAUUUUAUGUGCCAGUUGUUAGUUUAAAGAUAAAAAUCUUUAUUUUGCUAAAUUUUAUUGUGAUAUGAGAAUUUUUCAUUAGAUUUUUAUCAAAUGACAGGACCCCCUCUUUUUGACUGUUAUAUAAGCGUGCACAUGUUUAGUUAGAUUUACCUACUAUUCACUUUAAAAAAAAGUAUUUUAUGAAGCGUUUUCCUCAAAAAAAAAAAGUAUUUUCGUAUGAAUUUGUUUAGAUUAGAAGCUUGUGUGAAACUAAUUAGAAGCGGCCAAAAUUAUAUGUCCCAAUAUUAUUUAGAUAUUUAACAUGAUAUAUGUAAUUUUUUACGUGAGUCUAAAGAUUCCAUAAAAAUAUUAUCUUUGUAAUAACUACCUAAAUAUUGUCUAAUGUAUAAAUUAGUAUAAAAUUCGUAAUUAUAUACGAUGUCAUCUAACUAAUUGCGUAAUUAAUGUCGGAGACAGGGUGCGGGAUGUAUAUGCCCUGAGGCUGAUUCGGGAUGCUUGUAAUUUGUACAAUGCACUAGAAGAAUUGGACUUAUUUCGCUCUCCGAGAAAAAAAUGCCUUAUGAUGUUUCGUUAUUGUUAGUAAAAAAGGUCGUAUGUGAAAUUUAUUAUUAAACUGAUUCAUUUUGAUAAAUAUAAAAAAAGUAAGAGAUUAAUCUUUUACUAUUUCCAUGGUAGUCAAUGAAUUCAAUUCUCUAUUCGUUUAAAUGAUUAUAGUUGAAAUAUCGGUCUAUAGUUUCAAAAUAAUCACUAUAUUCAAAGAGUCAAUCAUCAUUUUUGUCCGAAUUAUUAUUCAAAAUGAGAAAAAAAUACAAAUGUAAAUAUUUGUAUUCUUAUUAAUAAUAUUAAUAACUUGAAGUACAUGUUUAUUUGUUCUACAAUAAAAAAUGUCGUAAAUAAGCCUUUUUAAUUUGUAAUUCGAAUUGAAUUUUCACAUACAACCUUUUCUGUAAGAGUAGCAGUUGGUGUUAUGUUGUACACUAUGCCUGAACUAAAUUAACUACUUGGCACAAGAAAGAGAUAGCAAUAUUGUAUAUUGCAAUAUAUAUGUCCGUCAAAUUAGUUUAGUCCAGAGAUAUUUAAGUUGAUAUAAGAUCUCAAAGUAUUGUUAGAAUCGUGUUGCUAUCUCAGCUUUACCUAUAAAUGUUGUACAUGGGGUUAUUAGUUAUUGCUGUCUUCUUCUUACGAAUUCAAUGUCAAUGAUGACAAAAAGAGAGGCCAGUAUUUUUAUUAAAACCUGCUAAAGAACCUUUAAAAAGGAUAAUUAUUUUAUACAUGCCGAUGUAUACAUAUUUUUAUAUUAGGAAAUAUCAAGGGAAUUUACUUCAAGUGAAAUACUCGUAUGAAUGAAAGCAAAGAAUUGGAUUUGAAGAUCUGUGUAAAUAAAAUGUAAUUUAAAGCAUUUUUUCACUUUGACGUUAUGAUAUACUAUGAACUAAGCAAAGGUAUAAACAUUUGGAGUUUAAUUUUUAAAGUCGAAAUUUAAAAAAAAAAUAGCUGAAUAAAAACAUUUUUAUAAUAAUUUAGUAUAAAA